GCAUUAAGCAGGAAGAAGUUAACAGUCCGAAAAGCCAGAUGCAACACACACUCACACACCCAUAUCUGCUUGUAUGUUAGUUCAUUAGUCUGUUAUUCGAUAAUAUUGUCUGAAGCUGGAACUAAUAUCUAUGAAGCUGUUAUCUUGAAACUAACGCGUGAGACAAGGACUGAUACAAACGUAAAGAUGGACGACAUUGACGCCAUGUUCAGUGACCUGCUGGGGGAGAUGGACCUCCUCACCCAGAGUCUCGGAGAGGAAACACCACCUCCCGCAUCUCUCCCCAGCUCAAACCAGGAAGUCAACUUCUCCAUCGGCUUCACAGACCUGAACGAAUCUCUCAAUGAACUUGAGGACAAUGACUUGGACGCCCUCAUGGCUGACCUUGUGGCUGACCUCAAUGCAACUGAGGAGAAACUGGCAGCAGAGAUACAGGGUCUAAAAGAGCCGUCACUGCCUGCGUCAGACCUGCCACCCCCACCACCGAAGGGUCUGAGCACACACCCUUCCUCCUCACCAUCACCCAUGAGGAGCAGCAGCAGCAGCAGCAGCAGCGAUGUUAGCACCCCGGCCUCAUCUGCCACCUCCCCUUUACCACCUCCCCAGUCUACAAAGCCUUCGAAGGAGGAAAUUGAAGCCCAGAUGAAGGCAGACAAAAUCAAGCUUGCUCUGGAGAAGCUAAAGGAAGCUAAAGUGAAAAAGUUGGUUGUCAAAGUGCUGAUGAAUGACGGCAGCUCCAAAACUCUGAUGGUCGACGAAAGGCAAACUGUCAGGGAAGUUCUGGACAACCUGUUCGAGAAGACCCACUGUGACUGCAACGUGGACUGGAGCCUGUGUGAGACCAACCCUGAGUUACAACUUGAACGGGCAUUUGAGGACCAUGAGAACCUUGUAGAGCCACUUUUAGCCUGGACCAGGGACAGCGAGAACAAGGUCCUCUUCAAAGAAAGACAAGAAAAAUACGAGGUCUUCAAAAACCCACAGAACUUUUACCUAUGGAAAAAGGAUAAGAAAGCCCUCAAAGACAUAAAAGACAAGGACAAGGAGUUAUUAAUACAGGAGAACUUCUGUGGGACUUCCAUCAUCGUGCCGGAUCUCGAGGGGGUGCUCUACCUCAAAGAAGAUGGCAAGAAGUCGUGGAAACAGCGGUUGUUCCAGCUCAGGGCCUCGGGAAUUUAUUAUGUGCCCAAAGGGAAAACCAAGUCGUCCCGUGACCUCGUCUGCUUCGUCCAGUUCGACAAUGUUAACGUCUACUACGGCCAAGACUUUAGGAGCAAAUACAAGGCCCCGACUGACUUCUGUUUUGUUCUGAAGCAUCCUCAGAUCCAGAAAGAGUCUCAGUACAUCAAGUACCUUUGUUGUGACGACGCUCGGGCCAUGAAUCUUUGGGUGACUGGAAUACGGAUCGCAAAGUACGGUGUAUCAUUGUAUGACAACUUUAAAACAGCUGAGAAGAAAGCUGCUGUUAGCGCCGUGUGGACGAACCGUAGCACUCCAUCAAGCUCCAACGCAUCCACACCCUCACCAACGAUCAAAGCCAAAUCACCGAGUCAGGCCAACGGACAUGCCUCCAGUCCUCAACCAGGUCCUCUAUCUCAGAAUGUUGGAAAUACCCUACCUCCACCUCCACCUCCAUGCGAGAUCCUCCCACCGCCCCCCCCAGACCCAGUCCCAUCCCCUCCACCUCCACCCCCGCUGGCUGCAAAGAAUUUAGCAAGACCACCCAACUUAACCAACCGCCACCUACCGACCAACUUCCCUCCUCCACCCGCAAUGGACAACCUUCCUCCCCCACCGCCACCUCCGCCCAUGGACGACAGCCCCGAGGCCCCGCCUGACUUCCUCCCGCCCCCACCUCCAGCUGCUGGCUUUGGCUCCCUGCCACCUCCACCUCCACCAGUCAGCUCUCUACCACCACCUCCGCCGGCGAGGUUUGGAGGUAUAGACCAGUCUCUGCCCCCUCCACCACCAGAUCCAGAAUAUUUACCACCACCACCUCCGCCAGUGUUCACAGGGAGCGGGGCACCUCCUCCACCUCCACCACCACCACCUCCACCUCCAGCUCCAGCUCCAGUGGCCGCCCCACGUGCAGCAGUGCGGCCUUCUGGGUCAUUGAAGAAGGUUCCUCCUCCUCCGCCAAAGAGGACUACACCACCGCUGCACGGAGGAGGAGGUGGAGGAGGGGGUGGAGGUGGAGACUUCAUGUCAGAACUGAUGCUAGCCAUGCAGAAAAAGCGAGGUGACCAUUAGCCUGAGAAGAGACGAAGAGCAUCCAUGCAGUAUAAAUAGAAUAGAAACCGUGCCCACUCAAAGAACAGUUUAACCCUUCAUUAUCUUUUCCUCAGUUUAUGCAAAAGUAGCUCCACUUACGUUCACGGUUGAAGCCUCACUAAUAUUUUCAACACAAGAGGCUCCGUCAUUCCAUCAGAAUAUAAUGCUGUGUGGAUCGAGUGUAAGUUUAGUCGUAAACUUAAGGGUUAAACCGAGCAGAAAAUGUUUUACAAUUUACAUAAGUUCUUGACUAUGUGCAUUCAUAUAUAUAGAACUGUUGAAUUUAUGUACAACUAAAGAAAAUAAUGUUGUCAUAGUGUAAUUAGACAAACGGAAAAUUUGGAAUUGUAUAUACUGUAAACCAUUUUAUAACGAGAGAUGUAAAUACUGUUGCACACAUAUUGUGUUAUACAGUGUACCUGAUGAAAUAACUGUUAGUACUGAUGCCCGAAUAAAACUUCAUGAAUAAAUCCAUAAAAUUCCUUCUGAAAUGAGAAAUGUACAAAUGGAACAUGUUUCAUUUGAUUACAUUCUUGGGUUUACUCCACUUCCUUCUCUUGUCUAAAACCCCCAAAUCCCCUGCAAUUCAGCGUGUAAUGAAACUAUAUUACUCAUUUAAAGAAAAGCUACAAAUCCCUCAGAAAUGUAAGAAGAAUCUGAUCUGGUUUGUAUUUACUGGGUCUGGUGUGUAUGAGUGUUUACGUGAAGGAGUAUUGAAUAUCACAGGGCAUCAGUGGUUAAUUAUCUUCACAAAGGAGGCUCUAAGUCUUUCUUUCAGCAGGAUUAUGCAAAAAAAAAAAAAAAAAAAACUACUGAUUUUCAUGACACUUAGUGGGAAGGUGGAAUAUGGGCCAAAGAACCAUUACAUUUUGGGGCAGAUUCAUAAAAAAGAGGCACAUAUUCUCCUAGUUCACAUGUCUCAAACAUGCGGCCCGGGGGCCAAAUCCGGCCCGCCAAAGGGUCCAAUCU